GCGACUCGGCUUUAACAGAGAAGCUACCGACCAGCAAGCGCAGAUGGCAGUACGCGCUUCAUUAACAGCUAGGGGAAUUAAACAUUAGUAACGCGUCCAGAAAAGAUAAGGAACUGAUCAUCACAGUCGCGGAGUUGAUUUGACGAAAUAAACGAAACAAAACCGAAGGGCUGUGCUCCUAUUUAACGUUAGCGCCGCGAGCUCGCUAAGCUCGUUUAGCCUUCAGCUGGCCGAGCAGUUGGCAGCAGGAAGCAGGAGGAGAAGCGGGGGUGGACAGCCGCGGAGGAAUUCCAGCAGGAGGAUUUUCACCAAAUUGGCCUCGAUAUUCUCCGAAACCACUAAUUAUGGACCAAAUUUCGGCAGCGGUCAUGGAUAUCAGUGUCUUCGAGCUGCCAUGAUUACGUUAACGUUAGUCAAGUGAGGUGUGAAAACCGAGAAGCGGAUUUGGCUGCGAGCGACGUCGAGGACCCGACGACAAAAAGGAAGGAGGUAAGCAACCAGAUGCGAUGGAUUUAAAAACUGCGGUGUUCAACGCAGCCAGAGACGGCAAGCUCAAGUUACUACAGAAGCUUUUGGAGAAUAAAACUGACCAUGAGGUCACAAAACUGAUGGCUGAAAAGACAAAUGGCGCAACACCAUUGCUGAUGGCUGCUCGGUAUGGGCACCUGGAUUUGGUUGAAUACCUUCUGGAAUGCUGCUGUGCACCUGUUGAGGUUGGAGGCUCUGUCAAUUUUGACGGGGAGACUAUUGAAGGAGCCCCUCCGCUGUGGGCUGCGUCAGCAGCCGGGCAUUUGAAAGUAGUUCAGUCUUUGCUGGGACACGGUGCCUCUGUGAACAGUACUACACUUACGAACUCUACCCCUCUGAGAGCAGCUUGUUUUGAUGGGCACCUUGAUAUUGUCAAAUAUUUGGUGGAGCACAAAGCAGACUUAGAGGUGGCCAAUCGACACGGCCACACUUGCCUCAUGAUUUCUUGUUAUAAGGGCCACAAAGAGAUUGCUCAGUAUCUGCUGGAAAAAGGUGCUGACGUUAAUAGGAAAAGUGUGAAAGGUAACACUGCCUUACAUGAUUGUGCUGAAUCCGGAAGCUUGGAGAUCAUGAAAAUGCUUCUGAAGUAUGGUGCCACAAUGGAGAAGGAUGGUUACGGAAUGACCCCGCUGCUCUCAGCUAGUGUCACUGGACACACAAACAUAGUAGAUUUCCUCACACAGCACCCACACACAAACAAAGUAGAACGGAUUAAUGCUUUGGAACUGUUGGGUGCUACUUUUGUGGACAAAAAGAGAGAUCUUCUAGGAGCUCUGAAAUACUGGAAGAGAGCCAUGGACAUGCGAUACAGUGAUGUCAACAAUGUCCUGUUGAAAGAAGAAUCUAAGGAACUCAUAAUGGCUUAUGAUUAUGCCAAGGAGGUUAGUACCAUUGAGGAGCUGGACAGUUUGAUUUCAGAUCCAGAUGAGAUGAGAAUGCAGGCUCUUCUUAUUAGAGAGCGGAUCCUUGGCCCAUCGCACCCAGACACAUCAUACUACAUUCGCUACAGAGGAGCUGUUUAUGCAGAUUCUGGGAAUUUUGAGAAGUGCAUCAAUUUGUGGAAGUAUGCUCUGGACAUGCAGCAAAACAACUUGGACCCUCUUAGUCCUAUGACAGCUAGCAGUUUGCUCUCAUUUGCCGAGCUCUUCUCCUUCAUGCUUCAAGACCGAGCCAAAGGCCUGCUGGGAACGUCUGUCUCCUUCGAUGACCUUAUGGGCAUCCUCAGCAAGAGCGUGCUGGAGAUCGAGCGUGCUAUGAAACAGCCCCACCCAGGUCCAGACCCUGCUCAGCUGAGUAAGGCACUCUCCAUCAUCCUGCACCUCAUCUGCUUGUUAGAAAAAGUCCCCUGUACUGUUGAACAGGAUCACUUCAAGAAAGAGACUAUUUAUAAGUUCCUCAAGCUGCAUCCGUGUGGUAAAAAUGGAUUCAGCCCCCUGCACCUUGCAGUGGACAGGAAUACCACGUGCGUGGGCCGCUACCCGGUCUGCAAGUUUCCCUCCUUCCAGGUGACCUCUAUUCUUUUGGAGUGCGGUGCGGACGUAAACUGUCGCGACGAGGAUAACAACAGCCCUCUGCACGUGGCCGCCUCCAACAACCACCCUGACAUCAUGAACCUGCUGAUUGCUUGCGGCACACACUUUGACAGCACCAACUCCUUUAAACAGACUGCCUGCGACUUGCUGGAUGAGAAGGAGAUGGCCAAGAACCUGAUCCAGCCUAUCAAUCACACCACACUACAGUGUCUGGCUGCUCGGGCCAUCAUCAAGUAUGAUCUCACGUAUAGGGGUAAUAUCCCAGAGAAGCUGGAGGCCUUUGUGCUGCUACACAGAUAAUGACUGAGAGGACUACAGAGUUUGGUGAAAAGUGUCUUGGAGUCUGGAACACAUUUUAAGUACCUCCAUGCUCCUUGUGCUGUUUGUACAGAAUAAGAAGUCCAGCACAGACAUUGAUAAUAGAUGGGCAUGCCUAAUAUUUUUAACAGAUUCUACCCCCUGAGAGCGUAUUUCUUGCGGUUCGUCAACAUCUUUUGCAUUUCUGCCUGAUUCUUCUGCUUUGUAUUCCUGCCACAAUGCAAAGGUGGUGGUACAUGUCUGAUUUGAGCUUCAGUUUCUUGCUGGUAUCUUGACACAAUACUGGUCUAAAACUACUGUUUUCCAAAUCCAUGGUUAUGCCCUCAUUGCAUAUUUUUUGUCAAGUGGAAUGGAAUGCACUCAUUAUUCUCCUUCAAGCAUAAAGAAGCUUUAUGAUGUGGUUAAUGUUUGCAAAUACCAUAAGUGCUUUAUUUCUUCUAUGCACAGCCUAUGAUCUUGCGACUGUUCUGUGUUACUGGACUGUGCCACUGUUUUGUAACUGCCUGUUUCAUUUAUUCAUUUCAUUUUUUUCCCCAAUCUUCCUUAACUUGAAAUGCAACUCAGUAAGUAAACCUGCAGCUGGGAAGUAAUUGAGGUUUUUCUUGAGUAGUCAUGUCUUCAGAGAUGAAGCCUGGACGUUUUCCAAAGCUCAUUUGCGAGGACUUUGAGCCAGAUUGUUUUAAGACAAGCUAUAAAUUGAGACAAAGGUUGGUUCCAUCUUCUUAAUGCACAGCAUGUAGUUAAGUUAUUGUAGUCUGUGUGUCAGUGCAGUAUCCACAGAUCUGCUCUAUUGAAUUUUCUUAUUCUUGUCAAUAUUUGUAAGACGAUGAGGGCGUACCUUUCAUGGAGUUCUUUGCUCAUAAUUUUUACUCCAGCUACAGUUGUGCAGUUUGAAAACAAGGGCUUUUCAUACCUAAGAGCACAUGUCACAAGCAAAAGAAACAAAUGUACAGUACUAGCUACCACAGAAUUGCACUUUAUUGCAGUGGCGUUUGGAAAUUCCUUUUACAAUGGCUUGUCGAUGUCCUCAGAGCAUAUUUAACAAUAAACCUCUGUUGCACUUCCA